AUGGUAGGCCAAAAGUUAGAAAGCAGUCCGCCGAAUGAAAUCGAAGGAGAGGUCCGCGAGCCAGACUGUUCGGAGGGGAAUAAGGUGAGCGAUGAGGAAGUCGAAGAUGGAGAUGUGGUUGGUGAAACAAAGGAUCUCGAAGAGGACAGAAUAGGAGAUGAACCAGAGGAAGAUGAUAGGGAAGAGGUGGGAGAUGAAGCUGUGGAAGUAGAUGAAGAUUCGCUGCAGAAAUCUUGUAAGCGACGCCUGGCUCGCGCCACCGCGGAGGAACGAUGUGACAUACAGCGUCGAGAGUUAAAAGGGCAAGAAUCUUUGCAGCACGUCGAGCAGCUAACUUUGAUGCCACAAGGGAAGUGGUGCCUGCGAUGUCGUGAUAAGCAGCGAUGGAUAAAAUCUUUUAGAAGCAGGCGUCGAUUUUUCAGGGCAACUGAUUUAUUAGCAACCUUGGGUGGCGAGCUGGAUUCGACAACUGAGCUGAACAAACGUGCUCCGGAGGAUCCGUUGAGAGAGGUGAUAUCUUUGGCAAUAAGCGAGGACCCUUGGUCAUGCUGA